AUGCUGUUUGUCAACUUUGACGCCACAGUUUUGUCAGCUAACGAAGGUGAUUUCCAAUUUGUUCUUAUAUGCAUCCCCGUUUUCAUUUUAAUCGUGCGUCUUACUUUGACUUGGAGGGAUGUCUUGCCCAGGGCUGAGAUGUUUCUCGGCCAUGAGGUCGAAACAUCAGCGUGAGUCAUUGUCGCUGGCAUCCUGUUCGCGUUUUGCGAUGCACUUCGAAGCUUUUACGCACUUGGCUGUACAGUUACGGUUCAGUUUUCAUUCGGAUUACGUAUAUAAGUACAUUUAUAUCGGCCUUUGUGGGUUAUUUACAUUCUGAAAACGCUUCUUUGUCUCCUGUUUGUACUGAUGACUCCCUGUUUGUUUAAGCAGUUUGACCGUAGGUGGGAAACGGCAAAGUGGAGAAAUAACGUGAUUCGGGUUUGCCAAACGAACUAACACAGCCACCAUACUUAAGUAGGUUAAAUUUUAUUCGGAUGGGGAUAAUAGUUGCGUUGGCUGCACGUAUUUGCAGACUUUGUCUUUGUAUAAAGCGCCAUUUCCGGUACAACAUGCAUUGGUGAUCGUAUUUUCCUACCCCGGACAUCCUAACGGACGAUGAAAAAGUCUGUCCCAACGUGAUUUUGCUAAAGAUGCGGAAUUUUCUUCCAUCCAUAAGCGAUCAUCGCGCGUGGAAAACUCAGCGUUCGUAGAAGAGCCAAUUUUCCCUUACCGAACCUGGGAUAUUAAUAUUUUACUGUUUAGUCGAUGAUCCAAAUGCCACAACCUUAAGAAUGGACGCGGAUUUGGACAUUUUCACUUUUUUAUCCUGGAAAUUUUUUAUCCAUUUGUUACCAAUAAGCCGCCGGAUAUGAUGCACACUGACGGCGACUCACUUCCUCAUCUUAAUCGCUCUCGCAACCUUUGUCCUCAUAGUGAUAAGAAAACCGGACGUGGAAUUCUAAGCUGGUGGUGAUGGCAGCACGCUUGGUAAUGUCGACAUGCUCCUCUCAUUCCAUCUUGUACCACGUGGCGCAAAAACUACGAGUUGUAUAUAGAAUCUCCAUUCUCGAAAGUCCUCUUAAGAUAGUAGUUUAAAAAAGCCCUGCUUUCCCGUCCUUGCGCCUUUAGACGACGAGAACUUGGACCUGGCCAUUGCUUAUAUUUUACACUCCACUAAGCGAAGACUAAAAUCUCCCCAUUCUUAUAUUCAGUGAAACGAAAGGGGCGUAGCCGUGACGACGAGGGACGCCGUUUGUCCGCAGUACUUCAAACCUGUUUCCGCGACUGCGUUGACCUCGAUGCUCUCUGCAUCGUUGCCUGGGAACGCGUAUUCGCUAUUCGUGUGGAUCUGCGUGCACUUGCAUCUGAUGGGAACCUCGGAGACUGUGGGGCCUUAGCCGCAGUGGUCGCACUGGCCUCAUUCAGGCGACCUGAUGUCUACGUCGGCGACGAAGGACGGGUAAGAAUUUACCCCCCCCCCCGCUGCUUUUAACAAUGGUUUUCCGUUUACUGCCCGUCAAUUAUUUACAAGCCUAGAGCACAAAUUGUUGUUGGAAGCCCAUUUUCCUUGCGCUUAAAUAGCUCCUACGUGCCAUAAUUCAUCCAGAUCACUUUUAUAUUUUCGGUCAAAAAUAGCCAUUAUACGUCAAACACGGGUCGCGCUUCUCCUGUGUGAUUUAUUAAGAUCAUGGCUGUCUUAUGUAAAAUGCAUUCUUAUUUAAAAAAAUAAUAUUUCAUUACUAUGUCGCCACCUUUCCAGGCUGAUUGGUCGCGACUAUUUCCCAUCCCAUUAUUACAUCUAAAGUACUCCUUAAGACUAAAAAGGCACGUGUGCGAUCUCCAAAUAGUUAUUUACCACUUCCAGUGUUUACCGCCCUUCAAUUCCAUGUAAACCGACUUUGCUCUGUCAUCGGUAGUUGAAAUUGCGGUCCCUGUGCUUCGUUCUGGCGUUUGAGUGCUUCACGCCUCCUCUGACCUCCAACGGUUUAAGUGGACUCCAGUGCAUAGUGGGAAGCCAAAGCGUCGGAGAUCCCGACGAUUAGCUGUUUAGUAGCCACCAAGACUCGUGUUCAUCACUUCUACUGUCCUUAUCAACACCCAUGUAAGCAUUACCAUUGUCAACAUGUAUCGCGGAGAUUCAAGCUGCCUACUAUUCUUGCAUCAAAAGCGACUUUGACCGCCGCUACUUCGGACGAACGGUUGUUAGUAUCUGACAAGAAACCAUGCGUGCGCUUGGAGGAAGUCUUGAUGAAAGUUGUUGUUGAUAAACAGUAAAUUGCUUCCGCUGGCCGCAAUCGUCCCCGGCAGGUUUGACCAAAGUUGAGCCAUGCAGCCAUGAGGGAUAAUUUCUUGCAGCUCCUGGCUUUCAAAAUGGAUGUCUCCAUUCAAUUCUCCGGCACACCAGUUUUGGAUUCCAAGAUUGUGCUGCACGACAGGGCAAGAUUCAUCAGAUGGCAGGCAAAGUUUGCUAUGUCAUGACAUCGUUGUCAAUACGGCCUCAUGAGCAAUCGAUUGUGAAAAUAGGUAUGCGGCCACGCCUGGAGGUAGUACCGAUGAAGGCUCCAGGGAAUUUGUUCCAGGCAGUCGGCAACCCUCGACUUCCCUGGGUUCCUGUCAUCCGGGUGGGCAAUCAUUGGUGACGCGCACACAAAUUGUGUGGCCACUGGUUGGGCACGAGAGAGAGCCCGUAAGGCACAAUGAGACGAGUGAGUUCCGUAGGAACGCUCGGUGAGCGCCACUCUGCCAUUGUAUAUUCCCGAUCGCAACCGACAGGACAAUGAGCCCGUGGUUCAGUGGUUAGAGGCGUUGGACUUCUAACUAACAGGUCGCGGGAUCUAACCCCAGGUGCCCACACUUCGGGGUUGGGUAUGACUGGCUGACGACGACUAAUAAGCCAAAGUGGCGAUUCCAGUCUCCCUUGUCUUUCUCGGUAAUAUCAUUCUGCCCAUAUCCCCUACCCCAGAUUGAAAACAAUUGAGAUUUUGAUCUGGACUUGGUUGAUAGUUGCGGUGAAGACUACCACUAAAGCCACCAGUAGGAUGCUCCGGUACAUAGGACAGUCGGUCCUCAAACCCCGGGCUACUGAGAAGUCGCGUGAAGGUGGCUUGUCAGUGUCCUGGCAAGUCUCGGCCCUUCGCUGCAGUCGACUUCACGCCAUCCUAUGUCCAUAUCUAAUCUGUGUUUCCCCCGACAAGCGUGUCGGGUCCCAGGUGUCCCACACUUCAAGGUUUGGGUAUGACUGGCUGACUGUGACUAAUAUGCCAAAGUGGCGAUUCCAGUCUCCCUUGUCUUUGUCGCUACGGGGAGCGUUUUACAGUGUUUUUUUUUUAACAGAUGCCGCUCAGUGCAGGCCACUCCCUCCUCGCCACUGAGAUGUCCGGACCACGCUGCCUGCUGCGUUGGCGAAACCUACGUUCACUUGACGCCAGUGCCUCAGAGCUAGAAGGCGUCCUUUGAGACCGCCUAGAAUUUCCAAAUAAAAGAAGUUUUUGAAGGUCUCAGCAUCAUACACAGUCUUCAUAGGGCGUUUGACAGACUUACCGAGCACGAAAAGACCAGUCGCCGAGAAAGUUCCCACCACGAAACACGCUAUGACGCACACGGGACGAAACAAUACCCCCCACUCCAUUUAGAAUUCCAAUCUGCUAUAGACUUGCUGACUACCCGAUCCCUUGCUGUUUUCCACCCAUAGUUCGGAAGCAUGCUGAUUAGUUAACUUCACCACUAUCCGUCUUGAUAAACGGCCCACACAUCUGGUUACUCGACUUACCCACAGUUGACUUCAUUGUUUAUUCGAAAAAAAACAAAUUCUGGCUCAUUAGCAGUGUCUCAGGUCACUAUUCUUGACCUCAAUAAGAAGGACCAGAGUGUCCAUUAUGUUGUGCAGGAUAUAACUUCCACACCUUGUGAACUACAUAAUAAAGCCUAAGUUCGGAAUGCCAGUCAACUGGGAUAACGGAGAAAUCGGCUUCUUUUGGACCUGAUCGUGAUUUUACCAGUCUGCCCAUCUUUGGGACUUGCUAACACCCGGUAAGAGUCGUCAAAAACUGCUUCGAACUUGUAAGAGACGGCUAAGUAUCUGGUUUGAACAGUGUCAAGGGCCAGCUGCUACAAAAACGGUCCGGAUCCGUCCGUCUACGUUGGCCUGAAGGGACAUGGCCUCGUGGAGACUUUUUUGAUUAGAGGGACAACAAAAGCGAACGCGAACUUUCUAGUUCCGAAAACUGAUGGGUUUUUUUGUAAGGAGCUGAUAUAAAGCCAAGGCCCGGCGGCUUAUCGGCUUAUUGCCCAAGGCCAGUUGUGUCUACAAAAUUGCGUUUUCCGACUGUGCGUCUGCGUGUUACUGCCAUUACCCAGAGGCAAACAAAAGAUACAGGAAGCGUUUAGCAGCAGCCAACUGUAGGUCAUUUAACAUUACUUAGUGAUCUUGACAAGUUUUCACUCGCCUUCCCCUUCGUCUUAGGUAAUCGUAGAUACACAAUGUAAACACCGUCCCCCAGUGCCGCUCUUCCUUCGUCGAAUUCCCGUUCUAGUGACCCUGGGAUUGGCCUCUGACACUAAAAUUAUCCUCCAAGACCCGACAAAGCGCGAGGAAGCCAUCCUCACCGGUGGUCGUGUGAUGGUGGGUCUUACUUCACACGGCGAACUCUGUUGCCUCCAUACCUCCGGGCUCAGCACUCCCAUCAGACCCGACAGUCUCUCGCGGUAGGUUCUGUAACACCUUAUAUACAGCGUGCCAGCUGCCUGCACGAUCAUGCUUUAUCGGACAAACGAGGAGUGUAUUUUCCGCGCUAACAAGUGUCUUCUGCUGUCCCUUUCCCAGGUGCAUCCUUCUGGCCAAUUCCCGAGCUCGUUCCCUCGUUACUCUGGUGCAUCGGGUGCUAGAUGGCUUGGAACGACAACGACAGGCCAGACAGGCCGCCUCUUCCGCCCGUCAGGCCGACCUUGAGCGCGCCAAACAAGUGGCAGAAGACGCGCCACUCGUGCUCUCCUCAGCCUCCUUCCUGCCUGGUGGCGAGAAUGCACCCGUAGAGGAGUUAGCACUGGAGGAGGGCGAAUUGGGACCCCUCUCUGCCGAUGAAAGUGACAUGGACAUUUCCAGCGGUAGCGAGGAGGCGUCUACCCCUGUGGCUCCACGCGACCCCUACGGCGUUAUCGAACUCUCAAGCCUGGUGCCGGAUGAGAAUCAGUCUAGUAAUCGUCCGACGGAGGAUAGCAGCCUCGUCGCGAACUGGCCCAAUCUCUCAUGCAUCGAGUCCGAUGCCGCAGUCCUAUCGCAUAACUUGCCCGGCGGGCGAAAACGGACAGCAAGGUCCUUCCCGCAACCAGAGAAAUCGGCUGUGUUACGGAGGGCCGCAGGGGCGGAGGAAGAGGAGGAGGAGGAAAGUACUGCUGUCGUUCAUCUUUUGUAG